AUUUUGGGCUAUUGAGACAAAAGUGAGGGGUUCCCUCCACCCACCUCCAAUCAGUUCGGCCAUCCCACAAGAGAGGUGAGAGAAUCUCUGCAAUACUCCAUUCUUUGCAGCCAUUUACGCACUUGAGCUAAGGAGGAAGAAGGAGGGGAAAAGAGAAGAGGAAAAGUUGGUUUUGGAGACGAAAACUUGUGUUUAGCAAGUAACUUGUCUAAGGUAUUCGAGGAACUUUCACGGAGUUGAAAGGGUCGCCGGAGCUGUCGCCGGAGUUCGUUGAAGUUCGCCGGAGUUUCAGCGGAGCUAAAUCGGGAAGGCUAGAACUUCAUAAGCUUCAUUAAGGUUGAGGCUAGAGUCCUACUACCUGUACCUUUGCCUAGGGUGAUCCUUCGAGGAGGAAGAUGUGGUUCGUGCUUCCAUUCGUAUUUUUGAAAUCUAUAAACUGCUCAUGGAUUUUUGAACAAUGUUUUCAUUAACACAGUUGGGGGCCUGCGUGCCCGUGUUUGCCACGUGUGGCUAAAUAUCAAACAUAUUAUUAUUUCCGCAUUUGUUUGAUUAUGAUAUUGAUGUUGAUUGUAUGUGUUUACUAAUCGGUUUGGCAAUAGAAUCAAUCGGACGCCUUGUACAAUUCAAUAGGGAUGAACCGUUGUUGUUCUUAUCGGGUUGUACGGCGGUUGUCUACGUGGCUCGGAUGCGGUCCGGGGCGUGACAUAUUGCGAUCUGAUUUCCCUCUCACUUUGACCGGGUUCUGCGAUGCUGAUUGGGCUAGCUGUCCAGUCACACGUCGUUCUGUGAGUGGCUAUUUUGUUUCCCUUGGUCAUUCCCCUAUACCCUGGCUUACCAAGAAACAAACCACAGUUUCUCGCUCCUCAGCAGAAGCUGAGUAUCGAUCCAUGGCUUCCUUAACCUGUGAACUUAUCUGGCCACGCAAUAUGCUACAGUGUUUGGGAGUUGUGCAUUCUUCACCUGUAUAACUUUAUUGUGACAAUCAGGUCGCUCUGUAUAUUGCUUCUAAUCCGGUGUACCACGAGCGGACCAAACACAUAGAUAUUGAUUGUCAUUUUAUUCGAGAUCAUAUACAGGCUGGAACUAUCUCUCCCUCCUAUACAUCCACUAAUGAACGGCCCGCGGAUUUAUUAACUAAAGCACUUGGAGCAUCUCAAUUUUCUUAUUUGCUGGCCAAGAUGGAUAUUUGUGAUGCCCAUGCUCCAUCUUGAGGGGUGGUGUUGCUAUGUAAUUUAUUGUACAUUUAUUUUGGGUUACAUUUUUUUUUGUUCCUAGUACGUACAUGUGAUUAGUACGACUAGGUAGUGGUUGCAUUUGAUUAGGUUUGUUGUAUAUAGGUGUAGCCUUGUUUUUUUCCUAUUCUUUAGCUUAGCAGUACUGAACGGAGGCUGCAUGAAUUGUAUAUAGGCCGCAGGCCUCAACCGGGUUUAUCAGAUCAAUACACAACAAA